AUGGACGAUUUUGUCUCUUCGGUACAGUCGCAGGUGUAUGGGCUGUCGACGCGCGAUGCGUUCCCGUCGUACAUCAAUCUCCAGUAUGUGUUUUUCUACAGAAACACCAACAACACCAAGGAUUUUAUGGACGCCAAUACUCUGCAGCGUGCGUUCUACAAGACACUGGAGCAGUUUCCGAUCCUUGUCGGCCACUACCGACAGCGCAGCGACCGCGGGUUGAGCAUUGCGCGCAAGUUCCAUCGCGACGCGUGGCCCAAGGAUCUGAUGACAGCGCACGUAAUGGCACUGCCAGUCAAGGGGACGAAGCAGCUGCGGCUCAGCCAUGUGAAUAUCGUGCGGCUCAAAGACAACAGCGGGGUAGCCCUGUAUCUGGCGAUGUCCCGCAGUGAGCCGAUCCCCACGGCCACGUUCACCAUUGGCGCGUCAAAACUGCACCAGGGGCUGCUUCGUGAGUACUUUAGCAAGGAGAACUUUGCAUCGAAAUUGCUGGCGUGGCUGGCGCCGCACACACGUGCCCGGUUGCUGAGCUUCGCCACGCGGCAGGUCAAGAUCACAGGCGGGCUAUUGCACCGCCGGGCACGCACAUAUCGGAACAACGACGUAAUCACUGCCAUCAUAGCCAAGGUGAACGCCCAGGUGGUUAGCAGGAUCACGAAGAAAUCGUCGAAUAUCGGCGACGCAGUGCUCAGUAAGCUGCGCAAAGGGCAGGAGGUGCGGCUGGUCACUGUUGCAUGCGAUAUCCGGCACCGCCUCGGCCUGAGUGCUGCAGAUCUUAUCGGCAACGGGCAGUUUUUGCCUACGCUUCAGAUCCCGAAUGCGCAGGCAGAGUCGCCGAUCACCCCCGAGACGCUGUGCGAAAUUGCUGUGAUGGUUCGGCAGGCAGUUGAUGCGGCAACGCCUGAGCGCAUUGCAGAGUUCAUUGAGGAGGGAGACAGACAUCCAGGCGGGUUUACAUGCCCAAUUGCCAAUAGCUCGUCGCUGGGAUCAAGCAUUGGCGUGUCGAACCAGACGCGCUUUGGAGUGUACGAGACCGACUUUGGAUACGGCAUACCAGAGUUCGCUCUGAUUGACCCGGAGCUGGGGCCGGGUCUGGUCUCGAUCCUGCCGGCAUGUCCGCCCAGCACCGACUACUACAUCAACAUAUCUAACCUAACCACGAUCAUCGACGGGCUCAAUCGGAACGAGUUCUGGACCGGCAUCUCAGAGCGCAUAUUCUGA